GAGCAAGUUGAGAGUGAGAGAGAUCCAUCACCAAACAAACAAACAAACCACAAUGUCCACUCUCACCUUUCCUCUAUCUAACUUGUACCAGUCACAGUCAAAAUCCCGAUCCUUUUCAACCUCAAUCUCACCAUCAAUGGUGUCAAACUUCUGUCUCAAAGCAAGCACAAACUUUCUAUCUUCAUCUUUUCCCUUCCUUCGCUCAUCACCCAUCAUCCAACGCCGCUCAAUCUCAUCAUCAUCUAUCAAAAUGUCUGCUCAGCAAAUCAUCGAACACAUCGUCCUCUUCAAGGUCAAACCCGAUACAGAUCCAUCCAAAAUCGACACCAUGAUCGGACGUCUCAACGGCCUCAUCUCUCUCGACUCCGUUCUCCACAUAUCGGCUACCCCACUACUCCGAACCCGCUCCUCAUCUCUCUCCUUCACCCACAUUCUCCACAGCCGUUACAGCUCCAAGGAGAAUCUCGCUGUCUACACCGACCAUCCUAGUCACGUCAGUGUUGUGACGGAAUCUGUGAGGCCGAUCUGCGAGGAUAUCAUGGCGGUCGAUUGGGUCUUCGAUGUUUCUAGCCAAUCGAUUAAACCUCAACCAGGGUCAGCGAUUAGGGCGACGUUUCUGAAGUUGAAGGAGGGUAAUUCAGGACAGAAAGAUGAGAUUUUGGGUGUGAUUGGAGGGAUUAAGGAGAAAGUUCCAUCUAUUGAUCAGAUUACUUAUGGGGAAAACUUCUCUCCGGCGAGGGCUAAAGGGUAUUCGAUUGCUUCAAUUGCUGUCUUUCCUUGUGUGAGUGAAUUGGAAGGGUUGGAUUCAGAUUCGGAGCUGGCGAAUGCUGAGAAGGAGAAGGUGAGAGAUUUGUUGGAGAGUGUUCUUGUUGUAGACUUUGUGGUUCCCCAUAGCCAAAAUGCUAGCCUUUGAUAAUAGUAGUAAAAUUGAGCUAUUAAAGCUGCAUUUUGAUUUCUUAAUGAAACUUGAAUAAUAAAACUGCAGAUGCUUUUGUGGGUUUUUAACCAGAUUUAUUAUUAGACUUU